UUCAUAACCUUCACCGAGCAACAUAAUCUUGAGGUUGAAAUUUAAAGCAAAAUGGCUCAAAUUCAUAAGCUAGAGGUUGAAAUCAAAGCUAAGUGUUCCGCGCAGAAGUUUUACACUAUGAUGACUCGUGAUGCACCCAAGCUUCAAAAAUAUGUUCCUCAAAUAGUCCACAAUUGCCAAGUUCUCCCGGGAGACGGUCAAGUUCGUCUGGGAAGUGUAUUUGUUUGGGACUAUGUACAGGGAGAUAAACCUUCUGGCGUCCAGACCAAAGUGAAGAUAACUGCGGUGGACCAUGCAAACAUGUCACUAACUUCCACAGUUUUUGAAGGAGAUCUCACAAAAGGUUACUCGAGUUUUGCUAACACACUUACUAUCUCUCCAACAAAGAGGAAUGGGAACAAUAACUGCCUUGUGAAGUGGUCUGUACAAUAUGAGAAAGAAAAUGAAGAUGUGCCUGAUCCAACUUACUUUGUAAAAAUGCUGGAAGAUUUUACCAAGGAAUUGGAUACCAGUUUGCUCGAGGAAAAGUAAACAAGAUUGAUCUACUAAUAUGGCGAACUAUAUUGCUAUAUAUAUAUAUAUAUGUAAAAUCAUGACUCUUGCUGCCUUGGAGGAGCUUUAUGUGUGUGUAUUAAGUCAUUCCUGUUUCAGAAACCUAUAUGAUUGUGCUUGAUGCUAAAAUAUAUUAGACAUCUAAAUAAAGUGGUGAUUAAUAUGGACUUCCCCGUAUA